CAUUUGUAAGAAAUACAGUGCAACUUAGUUCCUGGUUCCAACAAGUAGUCACACUACGGAGACUUGCGGGAACGAUAAAUAUUACUCUCGAUUUCUGUCGAUAUACGCUAGUGGGCUGUAUAGGCUUUAUACGAUAGUGCAAUUAUUCAAAGCAAUUUACACUGCCGGAUUCCAUCAUAAAUCAUGUUCCGUUUCAUGGUAAUUGCGGCCAUUGCCGGUGUCGUUUUGGGACAAGGACACUACAACUCUGACCCACGAACCGCCGCUAUUUUAAGCGAGCAAAGGUAUCUGUCCGGAGACGGAAAAUUUGGUGCCGCCUACAGCCAGGAAGAUGGAAUAAACUUCAAAGAAGAGACUGAUGCCGAUGGUACCAGACAUGGAUCUUACAGUUAUGUUGACCCAACAGGACAACGUCGUACUAUCUCCUACACUGCUGGAAAGAAUGGAUUCCAAGCUUCCGGAGAUCACUUGCCCCAAGCACCACCCGCUCCACCAAAUACACCACCUCAGCCGCAAUACCAACCCUUGCCCCAAUACCAACCACCACAGCCAGCUCAACAAUACAACAGUGGAAACAACUACGAUAGUGAAGGACAAUAUGAUCCCCGCUACAAUGACCCAGGCUUCACCGGAAAUCAACAAAGCAACUAUCAACCAGCUCCCCAGCCUGCCUACAACCCACCCCAACCAGCUUACAACCCACCCCGACCAGCUUUCAACCCAACCCCACAACCCCAGUACCAACAACAAUACCAACAGCCAUACCAACCCCCACAAAAUCACUACACCACUGAGCCACCACACCGAUUCCAGCCACCUGGCAAACUUUCCCUCAACCGCACCCCCGAUGGCUUCAGUUACAGCUUCAACAAGGUUAAGUAAAUUAUGAUAGUUCACGACUGUUCAUUUCCCCACUUCCUAGUAGUCUGUAAACUUUGACUUCCUUCCGUAUCAAAGCCAUUUUCUCCUCUUCCUCUAUUUCAUUGACCAUCAAAUCUAGCUCCCAACGAACAAUUACGGUUUUCUCCCCUGGAAGACCCACCCACACCUGAAUCGAAAUUCGCUUCCUUUUAGCGGGACAAUUAACUCUUUGAGUACGCAUGCUGUGCCCGCAGAGGUGAAGGUGGUUUCUUCCGCUGCUUCACUUCUUUCAAAUUCCUUCGUUGGGUGUGUCCUAAUUCUCUAUACAAACGACUGAGCUGGUCAUCACGAUAAAUUAUAUAUAUGUAGCAUUUUGUAUAAUAUUUUAUUUUUGUGUAAACUAUAGAGCGUAACGGAAACGUUGUUAACUCUAUUCCACUGUGAGCGUAAGCGUAAGCUAAACCAUAAGGCUUGUGUGUUUGUGUUAAAUUACAACAAAUCGAAACGAAAAAAGAAGAGAGAAUAAAAUUAUUGUUAAAGUAAAACGGA